AUGCCAAAAAAAAAUAAAAUUAUAAUACCACCUUUAACUGAAGAAGAUCAAUUGAGAAUUUUAUAUGAUGACUUAAGAAUUGUUGAUAAAAGGAUUAAUAAUAGUGGAGUAACAAUGAAGUCUUUAUGCAAGCUGCAAUUCUAA